GAGCAAAUCAACCACUGUGAACGCCAUGAUACGACUCUAGACCAUCCGACGCAACGAAUCUGGUGAUGAUACUCAUCUACACAGCUCCGCUUUUGCUCCCCAUGUCCACAUCUGCACCAACGCCGAACCCUACCAAAUAAAACAACCACCCUCCUCUACCAUACCUCGACCUCCCCUCUGACAAUCUUCCACCAUGUCUACCGAAUCUUCUUACCCUCCCUUGCACCAUGUUCAGACCCUGAGCCCCCCUACUGCUGGUCCAACCCGCUCCUGGCAAUCCAGGCCCCACCCAGACCCCUCCACUCCUCUGCUCGCAACCGCUUCCGCAGAUAAGACUGUCCAUGUCUGGAGCUUGCGCGACUUUUCUCUCGUGUCGACCAUCAGUGGAGGCCACAAACGCAGCGUGAGGGCUGUCGACUGGAAGGAUUUUGGCACAAGGAGGAGGACCAGACACAAAACUGGAGAGCAGAAACCCGUCGUUCUCGCAACUGGUAGCUUUGAUGCGAACGUUGGUAUCUGGAUCUGGAAUGAUGACCGGCGUGCGGCCCGCUUCAAGAAUCCUCUUGACGAUGGGAACACGGGCCAAAGAACGACUGAAGCUGGCGAUAGCGCCAUGACUGAUACCGACCAUACAAUCGACCACACACAUCCUACCUCAAAUAACCCAGAAGCAAACGAUGACGACCAAGACGAAGAAGACGAAGAGUGGCACUUUUCCACUUUACUGACAGGACCUGACUCGGAAAUCAAAUCCAUCGCCUUCUCUCCGCCUCAUUAUCCUACGAAUCUACUCGCGACUAGUUCCCGUGAUAAAUCUGUUUGGAUCUGGGAGGAGGUUGAACCAGAGGAAUGGGAGACCAUCGCUGUGCUUAGUGAGCAUACAGGAGAUGUCAAGUCUGUCAGCUGGUGCGAGGGGGCAGUCAAGAGGAGAUCUCGAGCGGCUAAGGGGGCCAACAACAGUACCAACGGUGUUCAUGGGUCCGGAGAUGUCGAAAUGGGUGAGGACUCGUCACAUGGAGCUAUCCCUCAAACAAGUACUCAGAGCUAUGAGGAGGAAGAACAGGAAGACACUAUCAUUGGGUCACGCGAAAUCCUGGCAAGUGGGUCCUACGACGACACGAUCCGACUAUGGCGGGACGUGGAAGAAGAAGGCGACUGGAUCUGCGUGGCUGUGAUUGACUCACACAAGGGCACUGUGUGGGACGUCAAAUGGGAACCAUACAUCAACUACACAGCACUCAACCUAACUGAUAACAAUGCCACAACAUCCUCCGACCCCAACAGCACCAUCAUUUCUGCCUUUGAAGCCGACUGGGAACCACGUAUCUUGUCAUGCAGCGAUGACUUGACGAUACGCGUGUUUAGACGGGAACUCAGCGCCAACGAAAAGGCCAAGAAACGAGAUCAGCAACAACAGACCAUGAGUACCAGCGGCGCCCCGUUGGGCUUCGCCAGCUCCCGGCUCCCCAGCGUCAUCCGCCCGCCCAGCAGUUUGGAAACAUGGAAACAGGAAUCCGUCCUCCCCGAAGUCCACGUCCGCAGCAUCUACUCCAUCGACUGGUCACGUACUACAGGCUUGGUAGUCUCGUGCGGUGGCGACGGUGCUAUUGUCGUGUAUAAGGAGGUACCCACCCCGGACAACGAGAGUAAUGCCGUUACCGUCGCUGCUGCAGAUGUCGAUAUGAAUGGAACCACGCCUCAGCCGCAAGCCGCGAUUGAUGCAGCUGCAGGAAACGGUAGUGACGAAAUCUCUUUCCCGUAUAAACUGCGCAAGAUGCAAUGGGUUGUGGUCGCAAUGAUUGAAGCCGCGCAUGAUGAAUAUGAAGUCAAUCAUGUCUGUUGGGCUGACAGGAGGGAUAAAGACCGUCGGUUCGAUGGCGAACAAGUGAUCAUUUCGACUGGUGAUGAGGGCCAUGUCAGGAUUUGGGCUUUGCCAGAACAUUUAUUAUCGGAAAAUUAGUGCAGGAGAGACUUACGAUCCCACCAGGACUUGGUGAUGAGGAAGAUAAGAUGAUAGAAUACAGUAGAGAUGAGAAUGGACACGGUGAAGAUGAAGAUGGUAUCUGGAGAGAUGACAUGUGAUCUGGAAAUAUGUCCUGUAAAUAUGUUCGUGUUACGUCCGGCAAGACAAUUUACUUAUGUCC